UUAAACAAAUGUGGUAACCACUCAACGUCUUUGCAACAGCAGCCGUUAGCGUCGGUUGAAACUGUCACUCAGAUGGAUUGUUUCCGGGGAGUGUACAUAGCUGUUUACCCGUAGUGUUCUUGAACAGACCACUGAGUUUCAGUCCCGGCUAGCCUUAGCAGUUGAGAGCUCCAGUCUGUAUCUCGAGCAAAGACUGGAGAGACAGAGGAGGGAUGUCGCGCGGUUUAAAAGCCGUUGUUCUGUUGUGUCAUGGUAGUGAGCUCGAAAAGCUGGACCCGGCUGUAUUCCAGAAGCAGUUGCACAAUCUGAAGUUUAGCAUGGAAGAAGAGGGGGAUAGUAAAAUGUGCAUUGACACUGACUCAGACACUGCAGAGAAGAAGGAUGAUACCAAGUGUAAAGUCAAAUGGACGCAGGAAGAGGAUGAAAAUCUCAAAAUCCUGAUUAGCAACUUUGGGAAAAAAGAUUGGAAAACCAUUGCCAGUUUUUUACCGGGGCGGACAGAAUUCCAGUGUAUGCACCGCUGGAAAAAGCACCUGGAUCCUGAUUUAGUCAAGGGUUUUUGGUCCAAAGAGGAAGACGAAAAGAUAGUAGAGCUGGUGGGCAAGUAUGGCACUAAACACUGGAGUUUGAUUGCCAAGCACCUAAAGGGGCGGCUGGGAAAACAAUGUCGUGAGCGCUGGCACAACCACCUUGACCCGCUGGUCAAAAAGAGCUCCUGGACCAAUGAAGAAGACCUUAUCAUCUACAAAGCCCACUCCAUUCUGGGAAACCGGUGGGCUGAGAUUGCCAAACUGAUCCCUGGAAGGACAGACAAUUCUGUGAAAAAUCACUGGAACUCCACCAUCAAACGUAAAGCAGAGUUGGGCUUGUACAAAGAUGACGCUGACAGCAUUUCCCUUGAUAUUCAACAGUUUGUGGAAGGAGAGGUGGACUUCAAGUGUGAUGUUGUAUUAGACACUGAACCAGUAACUCCUCAAGUGGUCCGGUCAGAGAAAGAGAAGAGGCAGAAGGACCGUCACAAAGUCAAGCAAAUUACGGCUGUUCCGUUUCCACAGCCUUUAGUAUCCAGGAGAGAGUUCUCCUCCCCCAGUCCAUCCUUGCCCCCCAGUUCAAGUUCCAGUCCCAGCUCCAGCUCAGGCACUGCACCAACAGCUGCGCCGGUGGACCAGAAAAAGUUUACCGAUGCAGCGCUGAGGAUGAUCGCUGAAGACAUGCUGCCACUCAGUUUUGUUGAAGGCGCAGGCUUCAGGUCAUUCAUGAGUACCAUCAGCCCUGAAUACAACAAGCUGUCCCAGCGUAUCAUGGGCCUACAGCUCUAUGAUGACGUGGAGAGAACAAUCAAGCCUCAGCUCAUCCGUGACCUUAAAGCCUGCCUUGCCAAAUCCAAAGAUGGUGAAAGAGCCAUUCAUGUCACCUUUGACCUCUGGGCAGGGGAUCAAUCCCAUCCAGUGGAGGAGCCCAUCGUAGUUGUGCAGCUCCACUUUGUCAGUGAUUCCUGGCAGAUCCGCCGUCCCAUUGUGGCCUUCCGUCACCUCAUCCACAAAAACCUCAGCACCGCUGUGGCCAAGGAGUUUGAAGGUGUGCUGCUGAGCUAUGGCAUCUUUCCUCACAACAUUGGGUACGUCCUCGCCAACCAGGCCAAAGAAGCCCUGGCUGGGAACAACUUGUUCUGCGACUACAAGAUCAUGUGCUCGUCCAACAGGGGAGAGCCGGAUGGAGAUGAGAUAGUGGCAUUUCUCUCAGACCAGAUGUCUGAAACAGAGUCCCCCUUUUCAGAGCUGCAGAUUGGGACCAGGACCACCUGUGUGGCCAAAACAUUGCAACUGGUGAUUAAGGAGGCACUGAAGAACUCCAGGGUUGUGGAAAACUUGCUCUCACAGGUCCACAACGUGGUGGCUUUCUUUAGGAGCAGCGCCUACUGGAGCGAGGUUUUGUUGAAGGAGUGCAACGUGUCCUUGUGCCCUUCCUCCAGUAACUGUCGCUGGAACUCCAUGAUGCUAUCUUUACGCCGUAUGGUGCAGGAGUCCGCCUGGAGCGCCAUCAUGACUCUCUUAGCCCAGGCUCGCAUAGAGGCUAAUGACACAGCCAGCGCCCCACCUCUGGUCAUGGUCAAGAGGGAGCAAGUGAUUGACAUCCUGGGUCUCCUUGAGCCAUUUGGGGAGGCCUUGCAGGUCCUGCAAGGAAAUGGAGUGACCAUCUCUUUCAUUAUACCUUCCCUCAUUGGCCUUGAUAAGACCAUGGAGAGCCUUGUCACUAACUACACCCACUUCAACAAGGCCCUGCGCACAGGCCUCCACACACACUUCCAGUCCCUGAUUCACCAGAAGGACAUGAUACUAGCUGCUGUGCUCGACCCCAGGAUCAAACUGCAGCCGUUUUCUGAUGCGAAACUGGAGGACCAGACAGAUUUCCUAACACCUCCGUCAAAGUGCCAGGCUCGCACCAUCGUGGAAGCCACACUGGGAAGCAUGGAGGCCUCAGCAUCUCCCCCUGCAGAAGCAGAUAAAGACCAGACAAGCAAGGAGUUGAAAAAGGAGCAGGAUGAAGAAGAGGAGAGCCAAGCCAACACGCUGAUGGAGGCAUCUGGUGGUAGCUCAGACGACAACAACUGUGAUGGAGUCAGCGGAAACGAUCUGAAGCGCAAGUCAAUCUUUAACUUCCUCCAGCCGCCUGCAAAGACCAUGAAGACAUCAGAGCUUGAUUUGUACCUAUCAGAACCACUGUGGGAAAGCAACUCCAGUGUGUUGUACUGGAAAUCUGCUACUCGGUUCCCCAAGCUCCAGGACAUCGCCAAGAAGCUGCUGGCAGUACCGGCCACCUCAGGGGGCUUCGACCGGCUGUGUCCGAUGGCAGCGUGUAUUGUAAGAGCCAAGAGGAACCGCCUGCCACCUCACACCACAGAGAGACUGCUUCUAUACAAAAACUCUUUAAAAACAAAGACUGUUAAAAAGCCCAGCGGGGUCACUAAACACUGAUGGGUCAAGUGAUAAUUGGGUCUCUUUUAUUCCGUGCUCCACCCAAAGAACCCCCACACUUGCUUCUUCAUACCUGCAUUAAACAGAAACUCAGCACCCUUACUUACUAUAAUUUGUGCUUGCACACCCAGUUGACACCGCCCCUCUCAAUUCAAUUUUUUCGAACAUUAGAUUAAACUAACUGAAUUUAGCAUCAUUUCUAACUUGCAGUAGUGGUCAACAGUAGCAAAAUAUAUUAAGUAUAUUGAAAAUAAUUGCAGCCUAUUCAGAAUAUCUCUUGUUGAAAUAACGAGAUACAGCACAAUGGCAACCAGCAGGCCGCCAUCAGAGAGCUCAAAGUUGUCAUUUCUCUGUGGAUAGUGUGUUCAGAUGACUGCAAGUGUUUAAAGUGAAAGGCAGCUUCUCUUUGCCUUUACACAAAGUAGCUGAACUGCAUUCCAAAAAUAAUAUAUAAUAAAGACUUGUUAUAUGUGAGCAUAAUUCAACACUUAACACAAUUUAAUCUGAAGAGUGGAUUGAGAUGCCUGUAGAAAAUGCCGGCCAGAACAGUGAACAGGAAUUUGAUGUCUUUCUUUGUAGCUGAUUCAGUUCAAACUGAAAUGAGUUCCUCUGAAGACCUUGUGCUGCCGCUACCUUGUCACUGACAAAGGAGAAAAUUAAGCAUCUGUGGUCAAAGUCCUUAUGUGUAGGAUUUGAAAUGUUUUUACUUUGUGACUCCUAGUGGUAGUAUUGAAAAUGCACAAUGCACAACUUUUUUUAUAAUGCCAUUAAAAUAAUUUGAAAGAUGCUACAAUCAAAUCAUCUAAAAUCAGCUUGUGUUUCUCUUGAUGCAGAAAUUGGAUCUUUACAGCUGUACUCUUGGGCAGGUAAAUCAGUGUGCGUGCAUGGCUAUUCAACGCCUAAAGCAAAAAGUUUAAGUGACUAAUAUUUUCUAGUCAAACUUGAGUUCCAAUAAAUGCACUGUACAUUUUUGUAAGCAGUUUCCCCCUUUUUUUCUUUCUUGUAAUUUAUUUGUUUUGUAUGCUGUACGCUAAGUGCUGACAGACUGUGUGUUGGGUCACUUGGCAGUAAAUUGAAUUAGACUUCAUCUUUUUGUAAAAACCAUGUUAUAUUAUAAGUCUUAGUCUACAAUUUGAUUAUAUUUUCAUUUUUUAUUGGUCAGCGAUGCUUUAAAGUUGCCACAAUGAAUGGUUUUCUCAAGAGCCUUGAUGAUUUAUCAACUGUUUUUGCUCAUGAAUUGUAAUGUCUGAUGGGAGUUGAUGGGAAAAGUCAUUCUGCAUCUCAAUUUGGCAUUAUUACACAGGUAGGCUUUUAAACAAUUUAAAGUUCACAUUCAAUGACAGCUAACUGAUUUUAUUGCAGUGAUGAUUGUUCAUAUUGUGGUAAUAAACAUCAGUGUAAACUUGAGUCCUUUGACCUCUUGUGUCUACACAUGGAAAUAUCCAGAGAAUGUACUUGUAUAAAAGAAUAAAUCUAUUUUUCUCUACA